GUUGUGGGUACGGGAUAGUAUGUAUUCUAAAGCGCAUAAUGAUGAAAAUGGAUUAAAAUUUUAUAUUGGAUUAGGUGUGAAGGCUGCAAACAAGGCUUGCUGCUGUUGAAAGCAUGACUCAAGAUGUCAUUCGAGACCCUCUAGGUGUCAAACUGGACAUUACCAACUAUGCUGAUUUGAUAGAUCAAAAUCAAAUUGUAAAAUGGUUAGAAGAUGCUCAUCAUCAAAGAGAAGAAUAUUCUGCAAAGGAAAAAGAGAACCUCAACCUGAGGCUGAAUGAUCUCCUUGAAGAAAGAGAAAGCUGCAUAUCGGAACUCAAAACUAAAGACGAAGAUGUAAUUGCUGCUCAAAUUGCAGUGCAGCAACUUCAAGAGCGAGAUCAGUUGCUUUCUGCACAGAAUGAAAUGUUGAAGACGAAUAAGACCAACCUAAUGAGGAAGAUUGCAGAAUUGGAUGACAUGCUCAAAAAACUUAUUGGGAAACAAAUCACCCAACAUCUUUCUCAGUUGUUAAGGAUUUAGGCAUGCUUCUUAACCUUCAGUGCUUGGUACUUUUUACCCCUCUUCUUACUCAUGUUCCUUUUAUUUUGUGGUUUAUAGGUACAGGGUAAGGGUGCUUUGGAUUCCAGUAACAAUGGACUCAAUAGGAGGUUUUCACAAGCUGAACGACUUUCUCGAGUUAGUGAAGAACUUGCUUGGUAUUGUAAAUCAGCUGGCAGUGAUUCACACGGGUAUAAACUGGAUUUCUCUUGUUUGAAGCUGCAGGAUUUAACUUCAACUAUACAGAUGCCAGUCUGGUUUUUGAAUUGAUUCAACCAAAAUUGAAUCCUUCAAUUUUGUACAUUUAUUUCCUUGUGUAUUUGGUUGCAUAAAAAUGUGAGUGCAUAGAACAAUUGUAAUAUUGGCAUUUGCAAACACUUCACAGCCAAAUAGUGAGGGAAAAAGUCUGGAAUUUUUUGAAAAGGUGCAUUUUCACUUGCUUUGUAUUUUGUAUGCGUUCAAUAAAUUAGGACAACAUUGUUGUCAUUGUCUUGUGAACACUGGGAAGUUGUGAGAA